CCUUGUCCGUGGAUUCUGAGGUGGGGGUUAUAAUCUCAACCAUGGAUGAGGAUUCAGCGGAGGGGGAAGAUGAAGAGGAGGAAGAGCUUGCAGAGAGCACACAGCACUCCAUUCUCCCCAACAGCCAGGAGCUUUUUGUGACCCAGACGGAAUUACCCUCCCAAACCACUAACCUAGACAGUGAAGCCAUGGAAGCGACCUCUGCUGCACAUUUUUCAAGCCUCCCUACUCCAUCCCGAAGGCUAGCUCAGAUAAGGCGGAGGAAGAAGAGGACAAGAGAUGAAAUGUUCUCAGAAAUCAUGGAAGUAACCCGCAAUGAAAGAGCUCAUCUGAGGGAGUGGAAGGACGUGGUAGCAAAGUACAGGAAAGAUGCCAGUGAACGUGAGGACAGUAGGGACGCUCGAGAUGAGAGGUGUAGGCAGGAAGAUCAGCGGUGGCGGGAUGCAACGCUGGAGCUGCUGCGUGAUCAAACUGAUAUCCUCCGAUGUCUGGUGGAUCUUCAGGAGGAGCAGCGGGGUCACAGAGUGCCGCUGCAGCCCAUGUUUAACCACCCUCAGUACUCACCAUGUUCCAUGUCUUCCUCACCCAGACGUGUAAGAACGCGUGGGGGAAGGCUUUGUGCACCAGCCCACUCCACCCCCGUGGACAGUCCAACCAAAAGGCUGUCAUUACAUUGAAAUGUGCUUAAUGGCCUUUUCCUUCCCUCCUAUCCUCCUCCCAAACCACUCCCGGGAUACCUUGUUAUUUCUCUUCCUCUUUUUAUAAUUACAUGCUUUUUAAACGAAGGGGGAGGGUGGGUUGCUUACAGGGAAUGACUUUUAAUAAAGAAUACAUGCUUUUUAAACAAUAGUAACUUUAUUUCCAUAAGCAAGCUGCAAUCGAAGGGGGAGGGUGGGUUGCUUACAGGAGGAGUCAAUAAAGGGGGGGAGGUUCAUGAAGGGAAAACAAACACAGCAGUCACACCGUACCCUGGCCCGUGAUGAAACUCGUUUUCAAGGCUUCUCUGAUGCGCACCGCUUCCUGGUGAGCUCUUCUAAUCACCCUGGUGUCUGGCUGCACGUAAUCAGCGGCCAGGUGAUUUGCCUCAGCCUCCCACCCCGCCAUAAAGGUCUCCCCGUUACUUUCACAGAGAUUGUGGAGCACACAGCAAGCAGCAAUAACAAAGGGGACAUUGGUUUGGCUGAGGUCUGAGCGAGUCAGUAAUGUGCGCCAGUGCGCCUUUAAACAGCCAAAUGCACAUUCUACCACCAUUCUGCACGUGCUCAGCCUGUAGUCGAACAACUCCUGACUACUGUCCAGGCUGCCUGUGCAUGGCUUCAUGAGCCAUGGUAUCAAAUGUUUGGCUGGGUCCCCCAGGAUAACUACAGGCAUUUCAACAUCUCCAACUGUUAUUUUCUGGUCUGGAAAGUAAUUUCCUUGCUGCAGCCGUUUAAACAGAGUAGUGUUCCUGAAGAUGUGAGCGUCAUGAACUCUUCCUGGCCAUCCCACGUGGAUGUUGGUGAAACGUCCCUUGUGAUCCACCAGUACUUGCAGCACCAUUGAAAAGUACCCCUUGCAGUUUACUUACUGGGUGCUCUGGUGCCAAGAUAGGGAUAUGGGUUCCAUCUAU